ACUGCCGCACAUUUAAAUCCCCCGGGUCGGUUUUCAGCUUUUUAGCAACGAACAACUUUUACCUUUUUAGCUUUUCUUUCCCCCCGCUGGAGUCUUCAGAGCUGGUUUAAUGUCGUACAUGACAGGGCUGUAAGGGCGUCGUUGUCGGGAAGUUUUUUCGAAGGGGGGGAUUCGGACCAGCGAAGGGCCAUGGCAGUCGAGGCUCGCCCGGAGCUGGUCGGGAAGCGGUUCCUCUGUGUCAGCGGGGACGAGCCGCCCGAAAUCGGCGACAUCGGCCGGUGGCCGUGGAGGUCCGGGGUCAUACGAGCCGUCAACCAUCGUGACAGCGACAAUCCCGACCUGACGGUAUAUGUGGAGUUUGAUGAUCAGGAGUGGGAGAAGAGAGAGUGGGUCAAGGUCUAUGAGGAUUUCCAGCUGUUUCUACUGGAGCACCAGCUGGUCUGGGCCAAUAGGAAGGAGGGAGCAGGAGGAGUGGGAGCAGGUGGAGGAGCAGGAGGCCUGCUGCAGGCAACUAAGGCCAAACACAUACAGUGGCCUGCCCUGGCAUUUAAGCCAGUGGUGGGGAAGAGCCUGUUGUCGUCGGUAACAGCAGUGGAAUUCUUGUUAGACCAACAGCUGGACUUCCUGUCAGACCAUUCAACUUACCAACCAUACCAGGAUGAGGUGGACAGUCAGAACCCAGUAUUAAGAGACAACCAUCAACUCCAUGAAGAAGUGAAGGCUUGGCUCAAAGACCAGAAGGUGCAGGAAAUUUUCAUGCAAGGUCCCUAUUCGUUGAAUGGUUACCGCGUGCGUGUGUAUAGACAAGACUCAGCUACCCAAUGGUUCACUGGCAUCAUUACACACCACGACCUCUUUAGUCGAAACAUGGUCGUUAUGAAUGACCAGGUGCUAGAGCCUCAGAACGUAGAUCCAUCCAUGAUCCAGAUGACCUUUCUGGAUGAUGUGGUCCAUUCCCUGCUGAAAGGAGAAAACAUCGGCAUCACCUCCAGACGAAGGUCACGAUCCAGUCAGAACAACAACUCUGCCCAUAUGGCAGGAGGGAGACCUGGCGGGACCACUGGCAACAAUCAGAGUCAUUAUACGCGAGCCCAAGCCAACAGCCCCCGCCCCGUCAUGAACUCAUCAGGCCCUAACCAAAAAGGUUCCCAGGGGACGUUGGCCUCCCAGCAGCACAGCCAAUCACAGCAAAGCCAACAACCAGCCAGCCAAUCACACCACUCACCUGGCGGCACUGGACGGGAUCAGAGAGAGCAGCGUAACUCUCGCUCCUCCAGGAGGAAAGGAUCAGACAGCAGCGUUCCAGAGGAAGACAAGGACAGGAGAGAGGAGACAGCAGCUAGAGACUCCAAGUCCAAGGUGAAGCAGGCAGUGAGCAAACGUAGGAAGGGCGAGGAGGAUGAGAAAAAGGCGGGUUUAAAGAGGCUGAAGACUGAUAUGACGUCUGACCUAUCAGAGAGUAGUGACUCAGAAAACCCACACAACAAAAGGGCCGCCCACUCCUCUUGCUCCUCUUCCUCCUCAUCUUCCUCGUCAUCCUCCUCCUCCUCUUCCUCCUCCUCCUCAGAGCCCAACUCUGAGAAUGAACUUAAGACUCGCAGCAGUGAUGUAAAACCAAGUGCCGUUUCCAAAAUGGAGGAAGAAGAGAAGCCACUAACGCAGGGCGCCAAAAUUAACAAUUCCUCGUCUCUCAUUGGUCGCCUGUCUCCAUGGGUGGAGCUUCAAGCAGCAGAUGAAAGCAAGAAGGGUGUGGUUAAGGAAACGGGGAAAAUGAUAAUGAAGGAGGUGGAGGAAUUGGUAGCGGUCACGCAGAUCACCCAGUCUCCACGGCAACAGUGUCUGAUGUCUGACAACAUCCAGGUUGGCAUCGUGGAGAGCAGUAAAAACACUGUGAAAGCGUCUCCUCGAUCCCAGACCCCGUCGUCAUCCCACCUCCACAGCAGCAAUGUGAUCGACAUCACAGAUGAUGCCCAGGCCACGGUGCACCGUGAGAGUUCAGAGGCAGUGUCGGCGUUGCUCGCCUCACAGAAGGCAGAGUCCACGGCCCUCUCACCUUACCUCCCCCUCAACCCCUCCCCAGUCUCCUCACCUCCUAUUCCACCUUCUCCCUCACCAUCAGAAGGAGGCCGAAGGACAGAUGUUGAGCCUCCCAUGCAGCAGCAACAGCAGCAAGGCAUUAUGGGAAAUAGCUUGACAGUAGCCAGGACUUUAGGAAAUAAGAUAGAUUUUGCUCCCUCUGAGGUUAUCAGGCCUGUCACAUCGAUGGCUGAGAGUGUGGUGCUGGUGGAGAAAGAGAAAACUGUCCUUCCUCAUCAUCAUCUUCAUCCUCAUCAACAACAGCAGCAUCAUCAGCAGCACACACAGCAACACUACACAUCUAUCCAACCUGGCAUUAAGAGCCCGUCUUCAUCUGAAGAGACUAGAAAACAUCCACAGCAACAACCAAACCCCCACAAGAUGAACACAAUCCCCCCCUCUGAAAUAGCCAAACCCAAAAUGAGUCCUAGCCCAAACCACAGCACACCCCAGCUUGACUCUCUGAAACAGAAAUCCCAGCACCCCAACAACUCUCAGAGCCACCCCUAUCCCAACACUAACCCAACUGAACUCCUCAAAGCUAAGUCCCACCCAGGCCUGUUGGACAUCUCCAGACCUAAACCCAACACCUCUCCAGAGGUCUCCAAACAUAAAAUACCAAGGUACUCUGAUACAUCACCUCCUCCGACAGGCCGUUUGUCCGCUAAAGUAGAAGCAGCAGAACCUCUACGGUCAGGUUUCAAGCCGGUGCCGGCACGGCCCGAGUCGUGUGGAGUCAGUAUGAGCAGCAGCAGCUCCAAGAGUCCUCUGAUCAUCGAUAAGAACGAAACCUUCACCGUUUACAGGGACCCAGCACUGGUCCGCUCCGACGCAGAGAACUCUGUUGCUGCAACAGUCUCUUCCAACCACGUGGCAGCCUAUCUCCAUCCCCACCUGCACACCCUGCACUCCCCGUCCCCCCACCCCCCCUGCCUCACUCCUGCAUCCCACCCCCAUGCUACCUCCCACCUCCUUGCUGCUUCUCACACCUCUGCCCUACCUCAUCCGCACCUUUUACCACCUGGGGUGCUCUCAGCCAUGCCUCCGCCCACAGCAUCUCUUCUCGGGGGCCACCCACGGCUCGACUCCCCCAGCGGUUUGGGUCACCUCGGCCUACCUCAUCCGGCAGCCGCACACCAGCAGCAGUUCCUACAGGGUCAGGGCCCCCCUCCACCCCAUCUACUGGCCCAGGCUCACGGAGGGGCAGCAGGGCUGGGCCUGUACCCCAUCCUCUGGCAGUACCCCAAUGGAACACCAACCUCCUAUCCCCCAGGACUCAACCUGCCCCCCACAACUAAGUGGGUCCACCCUGAAAAUCCUGUCACCAUGAAUUCUGAGGCCUCUCUCAGGAGGAACACAGCCAGUCCGUGGCUGCACCAGGCUGCUGGUAGCACUGGUGAUGGUCUGGGUAUGCUGAGCCACAUUCCUGUCCGGCCAGCAAGUGCUGACGCCAACCGCCACACCAUCAAAAUGCACACACACGCAAGCCCUCCACUUUCAAAGACCAGUAUGGAUCUUCAUAAAGAAGAUGUGGACAAGAAAGGCUAUGUGGACCCAAUCAGAACUUUGACGUUGGCCCAGCUGAAACAGGAGCAGACAGACAGGAGUCGCACCCCCACAGGGAAAGAUGUCCAUUUACACCGCAUCUACCUAGACCCCCUUAGCAAGGCUCGCCUGGCAAAUACACAGGAUACAGUUCAGGCAGCAGACAGAGCCAGUAAGUACAAAGAGGAGAAUCGGCAAAUCCUGAAAGAGAGCAUUGAAGUCGCUCCCUUCACUGCUAAGAUUCAGCGCUCCAGUGACCCUGGGAUGGACAGGGACAGAGAGAGAAGCAGAGAUUCUGCCUUCCCUGUGCGAAUACCACCUCUCACCUCCCCCAGCCCCAAGGCCAGCCACGCCCAUCCCCACAUCAUCCAAUCAGAAAAGAGCAACUACUUCACCACACUGUCCAACAGUGUGGUUAAUGAGCCUCCAAGACUGUACUCCUCCAAAGAGCUCAGCUCUUAUUAUGAGAAACUACCGGUUGGAGCUCCAGGGGUUGUAGCCAGUAUUGGGGCUGCUGUGCCCAGCCAGGGAUCUCUGUCCCUGGGCAGCCACAGCUCCAAAAUCUCCCUGUCCAAGCCCCCUCCUCUUAUUAAGCACCAGCCAGAGGGAGGAGAAGGUUUAGCAGGGAAAAUCACUGAGCAGCUCAGCCAGCAGGUAACACUAGUCCAACAGCAACAUCAGCACCACGCCGGUAUAGAGAGGAUCGAACGCCGGAGCCCUGCCAUUUCUCCUCCCUCGUCUUCUACGCCUUCCUCUUCAGCCCCUAAUCACCAUCAUCAUCACCACCAUCACCAACAACAGCAGCAGCAGCAACACCAGCUCAGGGCAAUGCCAUCCCUCCACAGAGCACCUGUCUUCCAUCCCCCCACACAACACGCGCUGGAACGAAAAGAGGCUGCGGAGCGAGAGAAGGAAAGGGAGAAAGAACGGGAGAGAGCUGGUUAUGGUGGACGCCUGUCUCCACCAACCCUCACACCCAUCCAGCCAGUUAGCUUAGUGGCAACUGGUAGCAAAACAUCAGCAGAGCAGCAGAAACCUCCCACACUGCUGCCAGAACUCAGGGACGUCAAAGGUCAUGGAAACGCUGCCGCCAUCACCUCUGUAGCCUCUGCCAUAAGUGGGGAGAUUAUGACUCCAUCAACAGAUGGGUGGAGAGUUGGAGAGAUGAUUCAGGAAAGAGGAGUGUACCCCGGAGAGAAAGGAAUGUCAAGGGGCAAGCCCCAAUCUGCAAUGGCAUCAGUCAUUGUACGUCCAUCAUCAUCCAUUAAGUACGACAGUCCUGUUGGUGCUAACAAAUCUGGUGCUAUGAUCCAUCAGGAUCUCCCCCAUGGGAGGUUUUACCCUUCCAAGCUUCAGGGGGAAUGUCCUAGGUUAGGGGAGAGUAUUAGAGAACCUGUAGCUGGCAGGGUUAUCCAAUCCAACUCAAAUAUGGAUGACAUGUGUGUCCAGUAUAAAAGGAACUCUGUGUGUGGUAUGCAGGGAACUAUGGGAGGCAGUACCACAAACUCUUUGUGCAGAACUGUUGUUUCAGCCUCAUCAACUUUUGGCAUUCAGAAUAAAUUUGGUGUAGCCACCCAUGAGCUAGGUUACUCAGUUUCAGCCCGGGGUGAGAUUGCAGCCCAUAAGACUAGCGUUGGUGGCUGGGUGGUGGGUCACUCAGGACCAGGAGAGUACCAGGAAGGCUUUAUCUCACGUACCACAUCUCCAGGGGGGUCAUUGCCUCCCCCUAGUCCAGCAGGGACACCCCAACCAAGUCCAAGCCUCACCCCAAAACCUAGCUCCAUUUCUGGCUCCGGUCAGCCUUUACCCUCUUCCUUUGUCCAUCUCAAGAAGCACAAAGCUGCCCUAGCUGCCGCUCAGUCCAGGAACAACUUCUCCAGUGCUCCUACAUCCAUCACAACUGGAAACCCCUCCCUGUCUGUGGAUUCAAUUGACAAAUCUCGCAUUCACAGCUCCCCGCCUCCAACCUCCUCAAGCCAAGCCUCAUCAUUAUCAGUUGACAGCAGUAGCAGCAGCUCAGCAAGUGGCAGCACUACACCAGGCAAGUCCAGUCCCCUGCCCAACAGCCAGUGCUCAGGAUCAGCCUCAACAAGCAGCGGCCAGUCCAGUAACUACCACAAGUUGAAGAAAGCCUGGUUAACCCGCCACUCAGAGGAGGAUAGGAAUACAACUGCUACAACAACUUCCACCAGUGCUAAACCAGAGAAACUGCCCAGCACCAUCACCACCACCACCACCACCCCCAUCCCCACCAGCACAAGUAACACAAGUAACACCACAGCCAUGUCAGAAAUGAUCAAACCCUGUACAGUAAAUCUCAGCGCCUCCACCUCCAGUGAAGUGGAAAUGAGCAAGGACAUUGGAAGCAAAAGUGAGAGAGAGAGGCAGGCAGAGGAGAAGAUGGUGGCUGCAGCAGCAGGAGGAGGAGCUGGGGAGGAAAGAAAAGCAGCUCCUUUAUCAAGGCGAGGGAACAACAAACGGUCAUACGAGUCCGGUUCAGAGAGUGGAGGAGAUGAUUCAGACGCCAGUGAGAGCAAAAUGGAGGGCCGAGCCAAACGUCAGCCUAAACCAACCUACAAGAAGAAGCAGAAUGACAUGGCCAAGAGGAAAGGAGACAAUGAAAAGGAUGACGAUGACGUGAAGCCCAAUGGUAUCUUCAGAUCAGCCAGGGAGAAGACCAAACUCAAACUGGCCAGCAGCAAUGGCAUCCCCCGCUCUGUGCUGAAGGAUUGGAGGAAGGUGAAGAAGCUGAAGCAGACAGGAGAGUCUUUCCUGCAGGAUGACUCAUGUUCAGAAAUUGGACCCAAUCUGCAGAAGUGUCGGGAGUGCAGGGUUUUUCGCAGCAAGAAGGGAGAAGAGCAGGCACAUUCUCCUGUCUUCUGUCGCUUCUACUAUUUCAGAAGGCUUUCCUUUAGUAAAAAUGGAGUCAUCCGGAUGGAUGGUUUCUCUACUCCAGACCAGUUCGAUGAUGAGGCCCUGGCCCUGUGGGCCCCUGGGGCCAUGGAGGAGAACCACCUGGACCAAUCCACAGCCAAGUACAUCCUCAGCUUUAUUGGAGACAAGUUCUGUCAGAUAGUAGUGACUGAGAAUACUGCAGCUGGCUGGGUCAAGAAGGAUGCCAAGCUGGCGUGGAAGCGAGCAGUGAGGGGGGUGAGGGAGAUGUGUGAUGCCUGUGAAGCGACACUCUUCAAUAUCCACUGGGUCUGUCAAAAAUGUGGCUUUGUGGUCUGCCUAGACUGCUACAAGGCCAAGGAGAGAAGGAGCUCCAAAGAUAAAGAAUUAUACGGAUGGCUGAAGUGUGUGAAAGGCCAACCCCAUGAUCACAAACACCUGAUGCCAACUCAGAUCAUACCCGGCACAGUGCUGUCAGAGUUGGUAACUUCCAUGCACUCAAUGAGAGACAAACACGACAUCAAAUCCCACUGUGCCUGCACCAACAAACAGAACCUCCUCAUCAAACUACCAGCCACCAAUGGAGUCUCACAGGUUCUGCAGAACGUCCUGAACCACAGUAACAAGCUGUCUCUGGUGAAGUCUGAGCCGGGCUCUCAGCAGAACUCUGAUCCAGGAGGAACCAAGGCGGAGACUAAUGGAGCUGGUAGUCCAGGCAGCGAUACAGGAAGUGCUCCUGUCACCCCACCAGAGUCCCAGUCACCUCUGCACUUCCUGGCUGACCUGGCAGAACAGAAAUCCAGGGAGGAAAAGAAAGAAAACAAAGAGUCUGUGUUGCUGGGCAAAUCAGUGAAGGAGGAUAAGGAAGGGGAAAGCCUGGAGGUCCUGCAGCAGUGUAAAACCACCUCCCUGGUAACAAACAAUACAGAGCAGGGCUCCACACUUAGAGAUCUGCUCACCACCACAGCUGGGAAACUGAAGCUGGGCUCUACUGACGCAGGAAUCGCCUUUGCACCAGUUUACUCCACUGCUUCACAGACUGGAAAGAGUGGACGGACCAUGCCCAAUAUCCUUGAUGAUAUCAUUGCUUCAGUUGUGGAGAAUAAAAUUCCUGCCAGCCGCCAGAACAUCACCACCAAGCUGUCAAUCAAGCAAGAGCCUGUCACUGCAGGUUGCGGCGGCACCAACAACGCCAACCCUCCUGUUGAGGAUGCCAAACCAGACAGGAAGAAGUUAUUGCCUGUUACUGCAGCUGUGCCAGAGGAUUCAAAUAGUCAGUAUCCAGACAUUCCCCACUCCUGGUUUAACAACAGACGGUUACUUUGGCUCAAAGAUCACCGCAACCAGAACAACUGGAAGCUGUUUAGAGACUGCUGGAAACAGGGACAGCCUGUGCUGGUGUCAGGGAUCCAUAAGCGACUGAAUGCUGGUCUGUGGAAAGCUGACUCCUUCAACCAAGAGUUUGCAGACCAUCAGGGAGACCUCCUUAACUGUAAAGACCAGGUGGUGUCCAACUCCGGGAUCAAGGAGUUCUGGGAUGGAUUUGAGGACAUCACCAAGCGGCCCAAGUCCAAGGAUGGAGAACCUAUGGUGUACAGACUGAAGGACUGGCCAUCUGGAGAGGAGUUCAUGGCCCUCAUGCCCUCAAGAUAUGAUGACUUGAUGAAGAACCUGCCCCUGCCAGAGUACUCUGAUCCAGAGGGCAACCUCAACCUGGCCUCCCACCUCCCAUCUUUCUUCGUCAGGCCAGAUCUGGGGCCGAGGCUCUGCUGUGCUUAUGGUGUAGCUGCGUCUCAGGACCAGGACUUUGGGACUGCCAACCUCCACGUGGAAGUCUCAGAUGUUGUGUCAGUUCUGGUCUAUGUAGGAGUAGCUAAAGGCAACGGAGUCCUGUCCAAAACUGGAGUGUUGAAGCGUUUGGAGGAGGAGGAUCUAGAUGAGGGUGUUCGAAGAAGGCUCAAAGACUCCAGUGAGACACCGGGGGCGCUGUGGCACAUCUACCUCAACAGGGACAUGGACAAAGUCCGGGAGUUCCUGUACAAGCUCUGUAAGGAGCAGGGAUUGGAGGUGUCCCUGGACCAGGACCCGAUCAGAGAGCAUGGCUGGUAUCUGAGCAGGAAGCAGCGUCAGCAGCUGCAGGAUGAGCAUGGAGUUCAGGGCUGGACCGUAGUUCAAUUCCUGGGAGACUCUGUCCUUAUACCAGCUGGGGCUAUGCACCAGGUCCAGAACCUUCACAGCUGUGUUCAGGUCAUCAAUGACUUUGUGUCUCCUGAGCACGUGGCCAACUCCUACCAUCUGACCCAGGAGCUGCGGCCCAGUAAAGAGGAGGUCAACUACGAGGAUAAACUACAGGUGAAGAACAUCCUGUUCCACUGUGUGAAGGAGGCGGUGAGCUCGCUGAAGAGGAGCAGCUCUGAGGAAGACAAUGAGGAAGAGAACUCAUGACGUCCCCUUGGCCUCAUCCACGCCUUCCAGAGAGGGACACCACUCCCAUCAGCACCUCCCCCCUCAACACGCCCUGCACUUCACAUGGAGGUCUGUGUCACGUGGCCACAAGAGGUGGUUGGGUCGGAGCUGGUCAUGUGAGCUCCACCUGUCUCACUCAUCCAGGUGGCUAAUGAGAGGCACGCCCACCUCGAUCAUCAUCAGCCCAAACCUUGAGUGCCAAGAGAAGACGAACAGAAGAGCAGAAGCCUCUGGACCGACAGGGAUCAAACCUCAGUGGGAACACGCUGAACACAGGCAGGACAGAGGACCUGUGUGGAAGAGUGUGAGCCUUGUUAAAGCCACUUCAAACCUCCACUGUAAGACAACCGAACUGAUUUUCUGUGACUGUGACGGUGCAUCAUGCUAAGAUCCCGUUUCCAUGGAGACUGGGACUGACCUGUAAGCAGCAGUGAUGAUGGAGACUGAGAAGACGCACUGAGCCCCCUGCUGCGCUCUGUAAUCUGCUGUGGAAUUAAACGGCCAGGAGGUUUAAUCCCUGUCUGUAGCUGGCCACACAACGUCUUGGACAGAAGAUUUCGCUGAUCACGACAGCAUCACCAGCAGCAUCAGGAUCUAAACUGUCAUUUCUGAUGUUAAAAAAAAAAUCAAGAAAAAAAAAAGGAUUUGAGGGGGAAAAAUGCAAAACAUGAAUCUCAGAUAUUUCAGUCAGCAGUCUCUGCUGCUCCCUCUUUACUUGUCUCAUCUGUAACUUGUCUCGUCUUGUCCUUUUUCUAGUUCUGUCUGUCUGUUGCUGUUUUGUUUCUUAAUUUUCUUUUUCAUACCAACAUUGUUUUAUUUCCUCUGUGAAGAUGUAUUUAUUUUAUAGCUCUGUGAUGAUGCAGUGUUAUUGAGACAAAAAGCAUUCAUGUAAAUGUGACCUGUACAGUUUCUCUUUUUUUUUUGAUAUGUGGUUUUCAGUUGUAAUACGGCUCUACUGUGAUGGAGGACACACACACACACACACAAACAAACAUACACACAUGCACACACACAUAUACACACACACACACACACGCACGCACGCACACACACACACCAGCUAAUGCCUGUAACCUUGGGAAAUGUUGAUGCUCUACAGUCCUCAUGCCAUAAAUACAUUUUUGAAAAUGAACUGCCAAACUAUUGUAAAGACUGUGUAAAGUUGUAUUAUGUAAAGAAAAAACAAAAUGACUUAUACACUCAGCAUUUUAUGAAAAAGUAUUCUCUGUAAAAUGGAGACAUUUACAAAAAAGAUGUAAUUUAUUUAAGAAAAUAAUUGUCUUGUUUUUUGUUUUGUUAAGAUUUACUAUAGUGAACCUUUGAAGUAAAAGUAAAAUAAUGAAAAACUUAACUGUAAUGUGUAAAUAUAUACUUUCACUGAAGUAUUUUUUUAAAAUAUGGCUUGCUUCAAUUUCAAAUUUUAAAGUGCAAGUGUUAAAUGCUUUGUACAUUGAAGUUCAAAAGGGUUUUACAUUUUCCAUUAAAAUGGAUUUAUCAAACGUUUGGUGUCAUGGUUUUGAUGCUGAGACUCCGUAAACAUUCUCACUGAAUGUGCAGACAUUUAAGGCAUGAAUUUAAGAGCUAAUAAAUGUCUCUCACCGUGA